AUGUCUUUCCGAACAUCAGGAAAUAUUACAGUAGCAACAAUCCUCAUGUUACUGGCAGGUGUUUCUGCAGAUAAUUGGAGAUGCUGGAGUGUGACUUACUAUAGCCAGACAAUCUGCUCUCUGAUUGGCUCAUCUGUGGACCUGCACUGUUACUAUACCUACCCUAAUAACCAGAAGGUCACAAAAUCAUUCUGGUUCAUUACAGAGCAGCAGGUUGGUGUUGAAGCUGUGGAUGUGAGAGAGGAAGAGGAGUAUGAGGGGAGAGUGCAGUAUAGACAGAGCUCCCAGAAUGACUGUAGUAUGACAAUCACUCACCUGAGAGAGAGUGACGCUCACACAUACAGGUUCAGAUUCCACACUGAUAGUACUGCGGGGAAAUACACUGGACGUCCUGGAGUAUCUCUCUCUGUCACAGAUCUGAAGAUUACAGUAUCAGACAGAAGUAGUCGAAAGCACCUGAUCUGCAGCUCCACCUGCACGCUGCCCAACAACCCCACCUACAUCUGGUACAGGAAUGGACAGCCUUUAUAUAACCAGAACACUAAUGGACUGUAUGUGUAUGACAGUAGUGAGGAUGCAGGCAGCUACUCCUGUGCUGUAAGAGGAUAUGAGGAGCUCCGCUCUCCUGCUGUCUGUGUUUCUGCAGAUAAUUGGAGAUGCUGGAGUGUGACUUACUAUAGCCAGACAAUCUGCUCUCUGAUUGGCUCAUCUGUGGACCUGCACUGUUACUAUACCUACCCUAAUAACCAGAAGGUCACAAAAUCAUUCUGGUUCAUUACAGAGCAGCAGGUUGGUGUUGAAGCUGUGGAUGUGAGAGAGGAAGAGGAGUAUGAGGGGAGAGUGCAGUAUAGACAGAGCUCCCAGAAUGACUGUAGUAUGACAAUCACUCACCUGAGAGAGAGUGACGCUCACACAUACAGGUUCAGAUUCCACACUGAUAGUACUGCGGGGAAAUACACUGGACGUCCUGGAGUAUCUCUCUCUGUCACAGAUCUGAAGAUUACAGUAUCAGACAGAAGUAGUCGAAAGCACCUGAUCUGCAGCUCCACCUGCACGCUGCCCAACAACCCCACCUACAUCUGGUACAGGAAUGGACAGCCUUUAUAUAACCAGAACACUAAUGGACUACCCUCCCAGUGUCCCGUCUGUUACUGA